ACUAUUCCACCAGGCUACCCUGAUGUAAGUGAGGCUAAAAAGUUGCAUAGUGCGAAAAAAUAUAGUGUGGCGUGGCCAAUCUUCAAGCUUCACGCCGAUAAUGGUGAUCCGCAAGCGGAAUUUUAUGUUGGUUAUUAUCUCAUUUCCGGUGAUCGCGGAGUUGACAAGAACAAAGAAUUGGCUGUUGAAUAUUUUCGUAGAUCAGCCAGCAAAAAUAUUCCUGAUGCUCAAUUUAGAUAUGGUGUAGCUUUGCUUAAUGGUGAGGGGGUUGUUAAAAGUGCAGAAAAUGACAAAAUAGCUAUUGAAAAUUUAGAAAAGGCAGCAAAUCAGGGAAACCUUAGUGCGAUGUUUAAUUUUGGUGAUUUAUUGAUCAAUGGCGCUCACGGAGUGACUCAAGAUUUGGAACAAGGGGCAAAUUGGCUGAAAAAGGCACAUAAAAAAGGUCAUCCGCAUGCUUAUAAAAAACUUGCGGAUAGAUAUCGAGUUCUAAAAUUAACAAUACCUGAACCUGAGGAAAUAUGA